CGACUGAGUAAGGCUCAGAGAGAACAGGUACAAAUGAACAUUAGUACGUUGAAACAAGCUUUGCCUGCAGAGUUUUCAAGGCAGCCAAGAAGCAUGGAAGACUUGGACAGGUGGAAAGCUACUGAGCUACGUCAGUUCAUGCUCUACACAGGACCCUUGAUCUUGAAAGAUGUGCUUUCUAAUGACCAGUACCACCACUUUCUUUGUCUGAGUGUUGGCAUGAGCAUUCUUUUGGAUGAAUCGGAUGAGAAGAGAGAGUCCUAUCUAGGAUAUGCACACAACAUUCUGGAGCAUUUUGUGGAUAGCUCUGUGGAUUUUUAUGGACCUACCUUUCCAACAUACAACAUUCAUUCCAUCAAACACUUGUCAGAAGAUGCUGCAAACUUCCACAGCUCCUUGAACGAUAUUUCAUGUUUUCCGUUUGAGAACCACUUACCAGGUAAAUGCCUCAGUUUGAAAUUACAUUUAAACCAAUUGGAGUUGUUAUUGGGGGGGGUGUUAAUAUCAGUUAUUACAAUUUCAUUUCAUAUACAUUUGAAAGGUCAACAUAAACCAAAUGAAGCUGUUGCAAAUUCUACAAACAAUAAAAAAAAAGAAGAUCAACUUUUGUGUCCAACACACUUGGAUGAGACGUGCCCGACCCCUGUCUUUGUCUUCCCUACGUUAAGUUGUGAUAGCACACUUCUUGACAGUCAACAUCGGUAUCAAGAUGGUGUGAUUGAUCUAUACCCUACAAUAAUCAAUGACACCAUGAGACGUUCACAUAAUGAACAGCCAUCUUCCAGACAGAUACAUCAUGAAUCGUUCUACAGGCCAUCGUGGACUACCGAAAGAGUAUUGUCUACAGUCCAAAAUUCUGGAUUGACGCCCCAGUCCCAGUCCCAGAGGGCACCCCAGUACCAAAGGAUGCCCCAGUCCCAGUGCCACAGGACGCCCCAGUGCCACAGGACGCCCCAGUCCCGGAGGGCACCCCAGUGCCAGAGGACGCCCCAGUACCAAAGGAUGCCCCAGUCCCAGAGGAUGCCCCAGUCCCAGAGGGCACCCCAGUGCCAGAGGACGCCCCAGGCCCAGUCCCAGUCCCAGAGGGCAUCCCAGUGUUCACAUAAUGAACAUCCAUCUGCCAGACGGAGAAUUCAUGAAUCGUUCUCCAGGCCAUCUGGGAGAACCGAAAGAGGUGUGGUAACACACAACGAAAAAGUAGCAAGAAGGAGACUACCUGAUUCUUCAGCUAUGGCCUCAGCUUCAAAUGCAAGAAGUUCACAUAACAAACAGCCGUCUUCCAGAGAGAGAAAUCAUGAAUCAUUCUCCAGGCCCUCUGGGGCAACCGAAAGAGUAUUGUCUCCUGUCCCAAAUUCUUCACGGGCACCCCAGUCCCAGAGGACACCCCAGUGUGUUACCAGACCCUCAAAGAGCGCUUACCCCAUGUCAACCACAAAAUUUCAAAGGAAGGUGUUUUCAAUGUUGUUCGAUUUGAAGGAUCAACUUAAGCAAAUAGUUGGCAUUCUGGAUCCUGGCAGGUCUACAACAUCUCUAAAGAAGAUGGAUUCAGAGAGUGACCUAAAACUCUUUGAAGAAUCCAUAAAAGAUGUUGAUGUCAAGUUGAUCUGCGUCCAGCAACUGUCCAGGGUCGGUGCACAUUCUGUUCGAGACUGUGUGAACAAAGUUAUGAAUAGAAUGAUGACAAAUGGUCUAAUGGUGAAGUUCAAUAUGAGGGGUGGUGGACAGCUUGAAAAAAAGCCGUUUAAAGCCACACCUUUAUAUGAUGUCAUUCAAGAUGCUGUGAAGAGGUGGAGCCCAAAUACUACCGACUCAGAAAUAGAUGCAGCAAUGGCGGAACACCUAAAGCAUGCUCCAGGAAGAGCUGGGGGUGGAGGAUACAAAAACUAAGCAGAACCACUAUAAUGUGUUUAAGGGAUAGUUCACCCAAAAAUGAAAAUGUUAAUUUUCUCAACCUCAUGUUUCAAACCUGUAUAACUCUCUAAUUUCUAUUUAACACAAAUAUACUUGGAAGAAUGUAAUCAAGCAGAUCUUGCCUCCCGUUAACUAUCAUAAUUUUUCCUACAAUAGUAGUUAAUGGGUUUUGAGAUCUGACAUUACAAACAUUCUUCCAAAUAUCUUUGUGUUCAGCAGAUCAUAGAAAGGUAUACAGGUUUGAAACAUGAGGGUGAGUAAAUGACAGAAAUUUCAUUUUUGGGUGAACUAUCCCUUUAUUUAAUUCAGUAUUUUGUAAUCGUUUUAGUUUGGUCAACAGAUGCUAAACCGUUCCAAAAAAAAAAUGCUUUAUCAUAACAUGCUGCUUUUUUUAUUAUGUCCACAAAUAAUGUGUUCUUUGUGAUGUACACUUGAAUAAAACUUUUUAGGUACGUUAA